AUGUUUGCUUCAAGAUUCGACCCUACCCAGCUGGCUUCUGCUGCUCCUGUUACUGUCGCUCUAGAGGAACCCGUCAAGGCAGCCCCAGAAGCCAUUGUACCGUUAAAGAGACAGGCUACCGCAUCUGACAGUGAAAGCGAUGAUGGUACCGACGAGAGCUCCGACGAGAGCUCCGAGGAAGGCUCGGAUAAUGAUGACCGUAUGCAAGUGGACUACGGAGUAAGCGAGGAAGACUCCAGCGAAGAAGAAGAAGAAGAGAAGGACAAUCAUGAGGAAGAAGACACACCAAGUACUCAUACCACCGUACUGUCAAGAUUUAAGCAAACAGUUUCUUUGCAAGAUAAGCUGGAUGCGUCUGAUAUUGUCGGAACAAAGGAAGACGAGAGCCUCGAGGAAAAUGCUACUCCGCCACACCAAUUAGAACAAAUUCCUCAACCGGAAUUUGUUAAAAACCCAAUGAAUCUAAAUAGAAAUUCAUCAGAAUACAAGUCCACCGGGUGGUUAAAUACCGAAAGAGUGUUUUAUGACAAUUCCAUGACGAAGCCGUUCUCAGAUUACGAAAGUCAACUAGAACCAAGGCUUUUGCAGAAUAUCUGCAAGAAUUUCUCGACAGACACUUUCCCCAUCCAGUCGAUCAUCUUGGACUCCGUCUUGCCGAUACUGAACUUUACCUUGAACAUCUCCAAGAGAAACUUCACCAAGAGAAUCGGUGACAUCCUUGUAAACGCCGCUACAGGUUCGGGUAAAACUUUAGCGUACUCAAUUCCCGUUGUUCAGACUUUAUCUAAGAGACAGAUCAACAGAUUGCGUUGUCUAAUCAUUGUCCCCACCAAACUACUGAUUAACCAAGUUUACACUACACUGUCCAAGCUAACCCAAGGGACCUCACUUAUCGUCAGUAUUGCCAAAUUGGAGAACUCAUUAAAAGAUGAACAUAGCAAAUUUUUGAACCUGGAGCCUGACAUCUUGAUCACUACUCCCGGUAGAUUAGUUGACCAUUUGGACAUGAAAUCGAUAAACUUGAAGAACCUUAAGUUUUUGAUUAUUGAUGAGGCUGAUCGUCUUCUAAACCAAUCUUUCCAAGGCUGGUGUCCCAAAUUAAUGUCCCAUUUGAAAACAGAUAAACUAGACACAUCUCCAGGCAAUGUAAUCAAAAUGAUCUUUAGUGCUACAUUGACUACCAACACCGAAAAGCUAAAUGACUUGAAUCUUUACAAACCAAAACUAUUCUUGAAGCAAACCGAUAAAUUAUAUCAUCUACCUAACAAACUAAAGGAGUUCAACAUUAACAUUCCUACAGCAAAAAGUGUUUUCAAACCAUUGAUUCUGUUAUAUUCGAUAAAUCAAUUCAUGGCGCACUCUUCCACCGCCUCCAAGAUCUUAGUGUUUGUAAAGUCCAAUGAAUCCUCCAUCAGACUGAGUAAACUGUUGCAACUAAUGAACGAAACUCGCUCGCAAUCCAGCAUUCUAACAAACCUCCGUGACCUGGAAAUAAUAAUCAAUUCUAUCAAUUCAAAUAACUCCAAAUCAGAAAAUAAGAAAACCAUUGCAGAUUUCUCACACGAGUCGAAAAGCUCAAGAACAAGCAUAUUAAUUACCACCGAUAUCAUGUCGCGUGGUAUCGAUAUCAAUGAUAUCACUCAAGUGAUAAAUUAUGAUCCACCAAUGUCUUCACAACAAUACGUCCACCGUGUUGGUAGAACCGCAAGAGCCAACGAGAUCGGGUCUGCCUAUAACCUACUAGUUGGUAGGGGUGAAAGAACAUUCUUCGACGACCUAAAUAAAGAUCUAGAUAGAGAUGGGAAGUCUGUCGAGCCAUUUGAAUUGGACUUCACCUUAUUGGAAUCUGAUUCUGAGUUAUAUCACUCAUCUUUGGAAAGCCUGAAAAACUAUCACAAUAAAAACACAGAAGCCUGA